AUGUAUCUUAAAACGAAUCUACAAGCUCCCUUACUAAUAUCUCACAUCACACGCCAUCAUUUAUUUUUUAGUAAAUCUCAAUUUUUUCUUGGUUUUUAUUCUACAAAGUCAUUACCUCAAAAGCCACAAAUGGCAACUCGUCCUGAACUGUUUACUCAGCAAAUAAUUUUAUCAAAUGGAGCUACUUACACAAUGCGUACAACUUCUCCAAAAUCUAUAAUUAAAUUAAUUAAAGAUACUCGCAAUCAUCCACUUUGGAACCCUACGACACAAUCCGAUUCUUUGGAUGAUGAAAGUGGUCAAUUGUCGAAAUUUACUAAAAAAUUCGGAAACGAAGUGUACGAUUUGGAUUUGAUGUUAGCAGAUGAGCCCUUAUCUAUGAGCUUUAAUGAAGAUGUGGACGAAAAAAAUAAAAAAAAAUGA